GGCAAUUUGAACUUUGGAGAUCACCAGAAUUGUUUCUUUGGCGUCUUCUUUGUUGCUCUCCAACUACCUCAAACUCUCCAAAUCAUGUUCACUGGCAUUGUUGAAACCAUGGGGACGAUCGCAGAGAUUGUCCCAAUGGAUACCACCUCGUCUGGUGGAGGUGGUUUCUCCAUGACCAUUGGUAAUGCCGAUGUGGUCCUCUCAGACGUGCAUAUCGGCGACAGCAUUGCGGUGAACGGUGUAUGUCUGACGGUCACAGAGUACAAUGACGCUAGGACUUCAUUCAAAGUAGGCAUUGCGCCAGAGACCAUACGGAAGACCAAUUUUGGCGAUCUGAAGACUGGGGAGAAGGUCAACCUUGAGAGAGCAAUGUUGGCGAGUACCCGGUUCGGUGGACACUUUGUUCAGGGGCACGUUGACACAACAGUGCGAAUACAUUCCAUAACACCUGACCCGCCAAACUCACUCAUAAUGCGGUUUACCGUACCCAAACCAUCUGAAACUGGCAACAUCGAUUAUCUGCGGUACAUCAUACCGAAGGGUUUUAUCUCGCUGGACGGGACAUCGCUAACAGUCGUCGACGUUGACAAUGCCGAUCGCACGUUUUCUGUAAUGUUGAUUGCGCAUACGCAACAACAUGUCAUACUCCCUCAAAAGAAACCUGGUGAGAAGGUGAAUGUGGAGGUAGAUCAAGUCGGCAAAUAUGUCGAGAAAGUGGCGGUGGGAAUGCUUCAAGGGAAUGGGGAAGGAGACAGCGUCUUCUCUGAGAUGAUAAAGAAAAUAGUAGACGACCGCGUUAAACAACUACUCUCUGCGACGCAAUAGUGGUUGUAUGCAUCAUUACUACGGGAAUGCGUAUCUAUUUUACGAACGCCUAUGUGAUAAGAUAUUCAUACUUUUGCUAUCAUACAUUCAACUUGUUACAUCAAAAUCUCAUUGUGCUGGCUUG